UCUUUGCCUUUUUUUUUUGUUUUUUUUUUUGUCGCUUCUGUUGCAUCGCAAGGAGAUGACUGGUCGCAGCGUCCGCGCCACCCUCGCUGCUGCUGCUGCUGCGCUGUGCCUGGCUUGCAUGCUGCUUGCCACUCCAGCGCGCGCAGUGCCCGCCGCCCUGCUGAGCCAGCAGGACGACGCGAGUGAUUCGGCGUUGUUGCAGCGCGUGAUUCUGUGCUCCGACAUGCAUGCCCCGCUCACCAACACCCCCGACACGACUGCCAUCCGCGUGUAUGGCUCGUCUCCGCUGUCCACACUCACCGUCCUCGUCACCCGGGACCCAGCUGCACUCGACGUCGACGGCUUGCGCUCUGCCGGCUGCCAGUCGCCAACCUCCGUCCCACUGCCGGCUGGCCAUGCCGCGUUCCUGGUCAACUUUUGGCGCGUGGCUACCGUCGACAAGGCCAUUGGACUCCAGGCGCUGAGCAAGCUCGCUGAGAUUGGCGGGCGUGCGACCAGUCUGGUUGGCGAUGCGCACCUCUCGCUCGUCACGCUGCCACACGAGAACGUCCUCGCGCUGGAGCAGCUCCUGGUCGAUGCUGAGAAGGAGCGAUUGAUUGUGGCGCCAGCCGUGUCGACUCGCCUGUCAGAGAAGCUCGAGCUCGUUGGCGCGUUCGCCGCGCCAGUCACCUCGGACAUUGUUGACCGUCUCGACGGCGAGCGCUACCUCGGACACCUGGCCAAGCUGACGGGCGUGGAGCCCUUCACUCUGCCUGCCACCGGGUCGAAGGAGUACACCAUCAAGACGCGCAUGUCCACGACCAGCGACAAUGCGCUGGCGGCCGAUUUCCUCGCCGCGCACUGCUCGGCGCUCGGACUGCAGGUCGAGUUCCAAACGCUCAAGGUCUCUGGCAAGGAGACGCGCAACGUUGUUUGCAAGCACCUCGGACGCGUCACCCCAAGCAAGAUUGUCGUCGUUGGUGCUCAUUUCGACUCGACCAGCCAGUCCGCAGCCACGCUCGCGCCUGGUGCCGUGGACAAUGGCAGCGGCACUGCUGGUGUCAUGGCCAUUGCCGAGGUCAUUGCCGACGUCCAGUUCAACCACACCAUCCAUCUCGUCUUUUUCACUGGCGAGGAGCAGGGUCUGUACGGAUCGCAGCACUAUGUCGACCAGGCCGUCAAGGCAAAGCUUGACAUCACCUGCGCUCUGAUCAUGGACAUGAUUGGCUACUCUGACUUGUACUUUGGCGUCAUGGUCGAGGGCACUCGCGAUGCGCCCAUCCAAACGCUGAUGACCAACGUCGUGGCCAACAUGAAAGUGUACGCGCCGGCGUUGGACGUGUCCACCUCGUCCAACAGCUUUGGCUCGGACCACAUCCCCUUCCAACGCGCCAACAUUCCUGCCAUCCUCGCCAUCGAGCAAGACGACACGGACUACCCGUCCUACCACCGCACCACCGACACCGUGUCGAACGUGAAUGAGGCGCAGUCGAUUGCCAUUCUCCGCGGAUUGACCGGCACGCUGAUUUCGGCGGCUGGAGUGUUGAAUGCCACCAUUUCUGCCAUUUAAACAACAAAGGGAAUUUGGUUUUUGUUUGUGGUAGUUGUUGUUAUCGUUGUGAAUACAUGUUAGAUGU